UUUUUUCUGCUGCCUCUUAUGCAUGUUUGGAUGCUUCCUCUUUCUCCGUGUCUGUCAUUUACACACAGUCUGUGACCGCAUGUGUCUUUGACCAGAGACUCCGUCUACAUGGGAAAUGGGAAGGUGCAGCUGGAGCUUUGCCAAGAAGCAAGAGUAGCAUGCUGCUCCUGUGCUCCAGUCAGAAGAGAGCAGAAGGGCAUGGUCUUAGUCAGCCACUAAACAGAGAUACACACACACACACACACGCACACACACACAAACAUGUGUUGGCUCUAUCUCCGUCGACCUGAGCCCAAAACCACAGGGGAACAAUUCUGUGUAUGUAUGCUGGAGGGGCCGCAUUAAAGGACAAAGCAACAGAUGUAUCUGAAAGACUGGAAGAAUUAGAAGUCCUAUAAAUUCAUAUAACUCAGCAUGCUGGAGAACUACAAGACCUUCUCAACAACUGUGACCAUCUCGAUCAAGUGAGGCUGUUCUGAGCUCAUCUUCCCCACUAAUGGCAAGAAUGAAGAGGGACCGGUUCCUGUUGGCCAUCACCUUCAUCAUCAUUCUGACAGUUGAUGUCUACUUUGUUCUGCUUCCCAGGCUGAGAGCCUGGUAUGACUAUUCCAGGGGUGGCUGUAACUGCAUUGGGGUUAAUGGUAGUGUUGGCUAUACUGAACAGGUCCCUCACAAAAAGACAUUGAGUUCCUACCUUGUCUCUCAAAAAGGAUCCAAGCUGAAGCGGCUCUUUAGCCAUCCACUGUAUAAUAUUCAUCUGCCAGAGCUAACUCCGGAUGAGAUAUUGCUUGAAGAAGAGGAGCUCAUGGAAUAUUACAGGAGGAAAGUGACCCGCUGGGAGAGACAGCAGAAGUUCUACAUUGAGGCCGCAGCAGCAUCGAACAUCUCAUUGCCAGAGCAACCUGUAAACUUUGAUCCUGAUUCUAGCUGGCUGCAAUUCCAUUUGGGGAUCAACCGUUAUGCACUGUAUUCCAGAGAUGACCAAAACAUUGAUAAGCUACUGCAAGAUAUGCAUAGUGCCACUAUCAUUGGAGCAGAUUACACUCAAGAUGAAAAAGCUUUAAAGGGAGCAUGUGACUGCUCGCAAGUGGUUAAGCCAAGUGGCCAUCACCUGAAACUUGCACUGAAAUUGCAAGACUUUGGGAAAGCUAUGUUCAAACCUAUGAGACAGGAACGACAUGAAGAGACACCCAAGGACUUCUUUUAUUUUGUUGACUUCCAGAGACACAAUGCAGAAAUUGCCUCUUUCCACCUGGACAGAGUCCUUGAUUUCCGGAGAGUUCCACCUGUCGUUGGGAGACUCAUUAAUGUCACAGGUGAGGUAUUGUACACCACCUACAACGAGGAGCUCCGUAGUGUCUUCUUCACCUCGCCAGCUAACAACACAUGCUUCUUUGCCAAGUGUUUGUACGUGUGUAAGACUGAAUAUGCAGUGUGUGGGCAUCCAGACCUUCUGGAAGGAUCCAUGUCAGCCUACCUACCUGGAUUGAGUGUAGCACCCCGCAUUUCCAUCCCCAGCCCCUGGAUCCGCUCUUAUACCUUUACUGGAAAAGAGGAAUGGGAAGUAAAUCCAUCAUACUGUGACACCAUCAAAAGACUAUACCCCUACAGCUCUGGAAAUAGACUACUGAAUAUCAUUGACAUGGCCAUAUUUGACUUCCUUACAGGAAACAUGGACCGGCACCACUAUGAAAUUUUUACCAAAUUUGGUGAUGAAGGUUUUCUGCUUCACCUUGACAAUGCGAGAGGGUUUGGAAGGCACUCCUACGAUGAAAUGUCAAUUCUGGCACCACUGACCCAGUGCUGCAUAAUCAAGCGCUCAACGUUGCUGCGGCUGCAGCUGUUGAUGCAACCAGAGUAUCGUCUCAGUGAUUUGAUGAGAGAGUCUUUGGAUCGAGAUCCACUUAGACCCAUUUUGACUGAGCACCAUCUACAGGCUCUUGAUCGGAGACUGGAACGUGUGGUCAAGUCUGUGAGUAGAUGUGUGAAGAAGCUUGGGGAAGCCAAGGUGGUGGUCACAGACUUCAUGGAGGCCUCCAGUGCAGCUACAGAGCGAAACCACAAAAUAGCAGGUGAUGGAUGAUGACAAGAGAAAAAAAAGGAAACAUGUAUAUAUAUUUAAAAAAAAAAAAAAAAAAAAAAGGAUCAUAGACUUUAUGGAAUAAUCUGGUAGAUGUAAACAGAGAGGCCAGGGCAAAUACAGGAGAUGGAUUAAGACAUGUGUGAUAAAGAACAGAGGGAUCAAGCCAAGGAAUUAUGGAGAAAAAAAAAACACUGGAUCACUGACUCAUGGAUGUUCCUCGUGAUUCUGGUCUGUCUGAGCAAAACCUUUUAUAUUUAAUUUCAUCACAGUCACCUAUGGUGGGGAAAUGGGUAAGUGAACAAACACUAUUUGUAGAUGUGCACAUAUUGUACCAAAUUGUUGCACAAUGGACACUUUACUGUGGGGGAAGCUGUUUUCAGAAUCGUAAAAUUGACAGACGACAUCAUGUUCCUGAGAAACGGCUGUGGGAUUUGUGAUGUACUUUUCAGGGAAACACAUGUUUGCAUGGAACUUUCAAACAUUCCCCUGAUUAUCUGCUUUUUUUCUGCAACAUUUUAAACAAAUACUCAUUAGGGAGAGAGAAAGACAGGACAGAGAGCAGUGAAGAGGUUGAUUUCCCCAGAGAAAAAUAUAUGCCAUUAAAAUGUCUAAAAGAGAUUGGAUUUGUGGCUUUCGGUCCAGACGGCAAGCAAGCAUAUAAUCCUUGGCUGUCUCUUCGCUUCUUGUCGGCUUUCGAGUGAAAUCUCAAACCUGCCAGAAAAAACUAUUUACAGGCAACCCUUCCUUUGCCAAAACUUUGUUCCAACUUGUGGUAUGCAUUUUUAUUGCAACAUAAAUGUCAAAGGUAGAAGGUAGAAAGCAGUUUUUGGAACAGGCAGCAGCAUGUUCCUAGUGACAACAAAAAAUGCCUCUUUUUUCAAAUAUGUAAAACUAAUUUAUAAAAAGCUGUUCAUAAAUCUAUUAGUGAAAAGUAAGUGAGUUGAAUCAGUUCUUAAACCCUAGUUUUAAUGAAGUCCCACAUGAAGCAUUUUACCCAUUUGGACUGCAAAAUUUCAAAACAAUCAAAAAGAUUGUGGUCUGUAUUUCCUUGUUAAGAAAUACUAUACUGCUUCAAUUCUUUCUUGUUAAGAAAUACUAUACUGCUUUAUUACUUCCUUGUUAAGAAAUAAUAUACUGCUUCAUUGUAAGAUACAUAAAAAUGUGUUCGUCAAGGUUUCCCUGUCCUUAUGCGCUCUUGGAAUGCUUACAUGAGAUUUCUACACAUUAGCAAGCUUUCCUUUAUUCCACACAUUAAUCAAAGCAGUUCAGUUCCAGUGGAGACCAGUUUUAUCCAUGUUUACUUUCCACUUCAAAACAUACCCAGGUUCAGUACUCUAAACCAGUGUCAAAACCCGGAUAUGAAGCACUUCGUUGUUUUUCCUGAUUUAACAGACAAUAAGAAAGGCAAAAACCAAAGACUGCCCCCUUGUGGUUGGUAUACAUUAUGACUCACUUUUAAUGAUGCAUCCAUUUGCCCUGCACAGGAUUAAACACUGGAUGAUUAAGUAUUUUUGAUCUAAAGUUAGAAUUGAGUAUGUGCUGGCUAUUAGGACAACAAAGAAAAGAUUAAUACAAACAUGUCUCAGCAAUGUUUUAUUGCUUAAACUGCCAUAUUGACAAGCAAUACCAAAAAAAACAAAAAAAACAACAACAAAAAAAACACCAUUUCAUUGAUGGUACACUGGAAAUCAAAGCAAAAGUGAAAUAAUUUUUUUUUUUUUUUU